UAAAAUAUUAUGUUUUUGGAAAAGACCAUAUGAGGAGCAGACUUGCAAAAUGCAUUUUGUCCAAAUUUUCCAUAUUUGAGAUAGAGAUGGCGUUGCAUUCCUAUGAUGAAAUACCAACUUUUUAUGAACAUUUAGACAGUCAAACUGCAUUAAGUCCCCGUGUUAUUAGGUGGUAAAUUUCACCCAGACAAACAAACUGAUUUAAGUCCAGUCACGUUGUACUUUCAAAGCGCAUUUUGUCCGUAAACGUGGACAAAACGCAUUUCGAUGGAGAUUUUGUUCAUUUUAGCGAUCCACGUGUUAGAGCUCGGUGUUGUUUACAAGCUUUUUAUAAAACUAGAAUAAAAGUAUUGUUUUCGAAAAAAAUGGAAGGGUUAGAAGGAUAGCAUAUUGUUGGUGAUAGUGUUGAUAGGGGCAGUAGGAAAAGAAAAAGAAAUAUAAUAAGCCGCGAGAGAAAAAAGCAAAUAAGGUAAUUUAUAAGGUUAGGUUUUAUAAAUUAAGUUAAUAUUUUUUAUUUAAUCUCUAAGGUAUUCAAAUUUGGAUAUCAAUCUCGACAAUUUUGACGUAGUUUGUGAUCAUAAAAUAAAAAUGCUAAUUUUGAUUGCCAAGAAUUAUCAAAACAAGCUCUGCUAGAGAUUCGCCAAACGUUUUUUGAGCACCCUGACAAAAUUAAGCAGGAUAACUUACUUGCUAGCUACAUGGAUAUUAAGGAGCCACAAAGAAAACGAAAUCGAAAAGAAAAUGGAAAGCCGCAUAAUUUUUCCGUUAAUUAUUUCGUGUUUCUUAAAGGUACUAAGAAACAAAUUUGCCAGAAACUCUUUCGGGCUCUGUUCAGCGUUUCCCAAAGGCGAAUAAAUACAAUUUCUAAAAAAAUUAAAAUUGGUUCAACCCUUACUGAAAAAAGAGGAGGAGAUAGAAAGUCUCACAAGUUUGCAAAUAAAUUUAAUGAGGUAAAAAAAUUUAUAAGCAAUCUUAAAGGCAAAGAAAGCCACUACGGCCGUGCCAAAUCAAGAAGAAUUUACUUAUCUGCCGAAUACAGUAUUGCCAAACUUUGGACAAUCUAUAAUCAAAAUGUGUCGGCUGAUCAAAAAGUAAAUUAUAAACACUUUAGUAGAGUUUUCAAUAAUCACUUUAAUAUAGGCUUUGGUAGCCCGGCUACGGAUGUAUGUAAUUUUUGUGUUCGAACUGCAACACAAAUCUGUAAUGCCAGAAAUAUUAUUGACAAAAGCGAACUGCAGACCAAACUAAAAGUUCAUAAGGUUAGAGCAUCUCAGUUCCUCAAAAUAAUGAAGGAAGAACUACCUAGCUCAGUGUCUUUUUGUUUUGAUUUGCAGCAAGUGCAGGUUCUUCCAAAAGUUCCCAUACAAGAUGCUUUUUAUGCACAGCAACUUUCAAUUUACUUUUUUUGCAUUACAGCCACUAAUUGUAAAAACCCAGUUUUUUAUUCAUGGAUGGAACACCAAGCUGGUAGAGGGGCCACAGAAAUUUCAUCAGCAGUACUUGAUUUUUUAAAAAGAACUAAUUUUGCCCCUAACGUAGACACUCUUCGGCUCUUUUCUGAUGGAUGCGGGGGGCAAAAUAAAAACAGCUUUAUCAUCCACAUGCUUAUGUUAUGGCUGCACAGCUUUGCUCCAGAAACAAUUAAGAAGGUAGAGGUUAUCUUCCCAGUCCGGGGACACUCUUACCUUCCAGCAGACAGAAUUUUUGGGAGGGUGGAAAAGAUCCUAAAGCGACACGCGGUCAUAAAAACACCUGAAAAAUAUUGUGAACUUUACAAACAAGUAGGAGAAAUUAGACAACUUGGAACGAAUUGGUCAUUGGUUAAUAUCAAAAAAGCUUCAGUCUCUUUAAAGAAAGUAAUAGGAAUUAGCUUAAGUAAGAGAAUAAUCAUUAAAAGAGGUACGGUCUCAAAAGUGGUGGUAAAAUCUGAAUCUUUAUAUCGGACGGAUGAUCCAGCAAAAAAAUUCCAAACUUUGCUAAAACCCAAAAAGCGCUUGGAUCAAAUCGUUCUUUCUAAAGUACGGCUUGGACAUGAAAUAAAACAGAAAAAACUUGAUAGUUUAAAAAAAUUACUUGUUACGUUAUCUGGUGACAAAUGGUACGACACAGACCCUGAGUUAAGAUGGAUGGCUGAAAUAUUUGAAAAUCUUGCUGUAAGCCAUAAUGAAGAUCAAGAGUACGAAGAUGGUGAAGAAGCUUGCGAAUGCGCUGAAACUGAUGAAAAUAACUUCAUUUAAAAUUUAAAAAAAAACAAGAGAUAUUGUUUUUUUGUUUUCUUGACAUGUCUAAUAAUUUUAUUUGUUUCAUGUUUAUGUUUGAAUAGAAUACUUUUUCAUUUAAGACAGUUUAUUCAUUUUGUAAAAUUAUAAUGACAUUCAAAUUGCAUUUUGUCCACUAUAGAUAAUCAAAAUGCAUUUUGUCCACCAAUUUUUUGUAUUUUUUCAAGUUGUUUUUUCACUUUCUUGUACAGAAACUCGUAAUCGAGGUCCAUACACUCAAUGCCAUUAUAUGAUGACAUAAUUUUUUUUUUCUUUCAUUUAGUUUUUGUAUAGUAGUUUUUUGCGUUUUCUGAAAAUUGGUAAAAAUGGACAAAAUGCAAUUUGCAAGUCUGCUCC